AUGUCGGAAUACUGGGUGUCGCAUAAACGUUAUCACUGCAAGUACUGCAACAUUUAUAUAGCAGACGAUGUUCCAUCUAGGCAGCACCACGAGAAUGGAAUGCGCCAUAAAGGCAGUGUCGAACGUUUCGUCCGUGGGCUGUACAAGGCUGGCGAGAAAGCCGUGAAGGAUAGGGACGAGGAGAAACGUGAGAUGGAGAGGAUUAGCAAGGCCGCAGCCGCAGCAUAUGCUCAAGACGUCGGCGCUGGACUUGGGGGAGCUGGAUCAUCUUCACGUGAGGCACCCGCUGCAGCACCUGCGCCGAAGAAACCUCCAACGAAACCAAGCAAUCCAUACGCCAACUACUCAACGGCUGCGUCACUAGGAUAUGUAGACCCUGAUGCGGAGCGAGCGAAGGCCGAGGCAGAGAUGAGGCAGAUGAUGGGUGUCGCAGGAGAGUGGCAGUUCGUUCAGCAUUAUUCAUCGGCGUCUCCUGCACCGACACGGGGUGAAGUUCCAAGCACGUCCGAAGAUGCGAACGGGGAGACGGCAGGGUCUUCUGAGGGUGACAGGAAACGUGUGGCACCAAUGGACGAUGUUGAGGACGAGCGUGAACUCAAGCUGAGGAAGAAGACGGUCGACAUUGGCUUGGGAGGAUUCCACGACCUGGGACUCAUACCUAUCAAGCUCAAAGUGAAGAAAGAGGAGUCAACGGAACCGCAGCCUGAUCCAUCGAAGGCUGCUGUAGACGAUAUCAAAGCAGACGCGUUACCUGCCGAUGGGAAGGUGAAGAUAGCAUGGAAACGCGCAGCGUUUCAACCGGCAUCCGACGAACCUGCCCCUGACAGCGUGAAGGCAGACUCUGGCGGGGAAGGCGCUCCAAAGGUGAAACCGGAGGAGUCUGUAGCUGCCAAAGAAGAGGUCGUACAUGCCAAAAUUGAAGCAGAACCUCAAAUACCACCAGAACCUGUUAAAAAGGAAGAGGUGAUUCCCUCUUCUCUAGAGGCUCCUGCGCCCACAAGCCUCUUUCGCAAACGCAAGCUACCUACGAGACGUUGA